GGUUGUUAGUGGAAAUUAUCGGUAGACGGUGCUGUUUUCGUGGAUUUCAUUGAGCGCUGUUUGUCGUGAGGAUUUGCAGUAGAUUCAUCCAUGAUGGCGGAGGACAGCGAGUCCGCGGCCAGCCAGCAGAGCCUGGAGCUGGACGACCAGGACACCUGCGGCAUCGAUGGAGACAACGAGGAGGAGAACGAGUACAUGCAGGGGAGUCCUGGUGGAGAUCUCGGCGCAAAGAAGAAGAAAAAGAAACAGAAGAGGAAGAAGGAGAAGCCAAGCUCAGGAGGAACCAAGUCUGAUUCAGCCUCUGAUUCUCAGGAGAUAAAAAACCCUGCCAUCCCCAUGCAGAAACUGCAGGACAUUCAGAGAGCUAUGGAGCUCCUGUCCACUUGUCAAGGUCCAGCCAAAAACAUAGACGAGGCCACAAAGCACAAGUACCAGUUCUGGGACACUCAGCCUGUGCCCAAACUUAAUGAGGUGGUGACAACUCAUGGGCCAAUUGAACCAGAUAAAGAAAAUAUCAGACAAGAGCCAUAUUCCCUCCCACAGGGAUUUAUGUGGGACACAUUGGACCUCAGCAAUGCCGAAGUGCUAAAAGAGCUGUACACUUUGCUGAAUGAAAAUUAUGUUGAGGAUGAUGACAACAUGUUUAGAUUUGACUAUUCUCCCAACUUUCUGAAAUGGGCGUUACGUCCUCCGGGUUGGCUGCCCCAUUGGCACUGUGGUGUCAGGGUUUCCUCCAAUAAAAAGCUUGUUGGGUUCAUCAGUGCCAUUCCUGCUGACAUCCACAUCUAUGACACGUUGAAGAAGAUGGUGGAAAUAAACUUCUUGUGUGUGCAUAAGAAAUUACGCUCAAAGCGUGUCGCUCCGGUGUUGAUCCGAGAGAUCACGCGGCGGGUCAAUUUAGAAGGAAUUUUCCAGGCUGUGUACACUGCCGGUGUUGUGCUGCCCAAACCCGUGUCCACAUGCAGGUACUGGCAUCGCUCUCUUAACCCCAGAAAACUUGUAGAGGUAAAGUUUUCCCACCUCAGCAGAAACAUGACACUACAGCGAACAAUGAAACUCUACAGAUUACCUGAUAGUACUCGUACUCCUGGUUUGAGGGUGAUGUUAGAGGGAGAUGUGAAGAAGGUGACGGCACUGCUGCAGAAACACCUGAGCAAGUUUCACCUGAGACCUGUUAUGGGUGAAGAGGAGGUGAAGCAUUGGUUCCUACCACAGGAGAACAUCAUUGACACUUUUGUAGUGGAGGGAUCUGGUGGGCUGCUAACAGACUUUAUCAGUUUCUACACUCUGCCAUCUACGGUGAUGCAUCAUCCUCUGCACAAAAGCCUCAAGGCCGCUUAUUCCUUUUACAAUGUCCAUACAGAGACGCCGCUCAUAGACCUGAUGAACGACGCUCUCAUCCUAGCCAAACUGAAAGGUUUCGAUGUUUUUAAUGCACUGGAUCUAAUGGACAAUAAGACUUUCUUGGAAAAGCUCAAGUUUGGGAUUGGAGAUGGUAACCUGCAGUAUUAUCUGUAUAACUGGAAAUGUCCCCCUAUGGACCCAGAAAAAGUUGGCCUUGUUUUACAGUAACUGGCUGCUUCACUUUGGAUGCAGACUGACUUAAAGGUUCAUCUCAGAAUUUUUGACUUGGACUUAAUCUAUAUAAAGAGGAAAAACUGACAUCCAUUCAAAGUGAAUGAGUUGUGAUGUGCAGCUCUCUUAGGUCUUGUUCCGGUUAUUGAGGGGUCUCCCUCUUUUCUCUUUGUCUUUGACUCUCUUUCAGAGAAUGUGAGAAACAUUAUCAACGUCAAACACAUCCACAAGCCUAUACACAUGUAUUUCCCUGAACAUCCAAACUGUAUCCUCUCACAGACAUAUGUUUGAUCUCAUAUGUUUUGUUUUUGUUCAUUUGUUUUGUAUUAUGAAGGUGCGUUGAUAAAUUUGUGUGAGUUAGCAAGCUGUACAUUUAAUGCCAGAUAUUUAUUACGUAUUGUGUGGUUUACAAUGGACCAGGACGGGGAGUUGAAAUCCAAAGUCUUUUUUAUGGAGCUGCCUUUGAAGUCGUAUGCCGUUUGGAGUUCCUGCUGUCUGUGUGAAAGCAAGUUUAUGUUACAUGUGUGGAAGAAUGUACUGCGUUUUGAAGCACAUCAUCAACGUGUUUAUAAAGGGCCGGAAAGCUCUGAGGUGCAUUUUUAAGAUUUUUGCUGAAGAAAAUGUUUUGUGUGUAGAAUUUUGAAUGUGAAUUCAUUUCAAUUUCCUUUCAUGAAGACAUUGUUACACAUUACACAGCCCAUUUCAUUUUUUUAUUAUUUAGUGCUUUUAAAUUAUUAUUUUAGAACAACAAUUCUGACAUUUAGAAUUGUAUUUAAGUUACAUGUUUCUCUUAUUUCUUGGUUUUCUUUAUUCUGUCAGUAUUCUUUGCAGAGACCAUAACCUCAUUCGAUGGUUCGUUUGCUAUAAAGCCCUGGUGAUUUUCCUGUAUUUAAGCACAAGGAGAUAAGAACAAUCGUCUAUGUUGUUAUUUUGUUAAAAUUGGCAAUGCAGCCAUGAAACUUGCUUGCUGUUCAGUUGGCUGUCUGUUACAAUCACUGUUAGGGUGAAGCAUAUUGACAUGUGAACAAUUUUUAUUAUAUUAGCAAAAAAUGAUUUUGUGUUACUACAGCUUGUCUCGGUUUGCUUUUAUGUAUUUAAAUCAACAAUAUGCUUUUAAAUAAGAGCACGUCCGAACAUGCUAAAAAGAAAGGUACUCUUCUCAGAAGUCCCACAUUUUAACUUUAUUUCAAUCUGUGGUUUAUUCUGUAACAUCCAGGGCACUUUGUAAAUGUCAGUUUGAGUAAGUUUUUCUAAAGCUUGCUGUAUGAAAUGAGCAUGAUCUCAUUUUUUGUCAAUCCAUAAACCCAGAACUGGGCUUUAGUGAGAACACCCAGAGUACUUGCCUUAUUUAAGAGUUUUUUUUUUUUUUAAAUGUCAAAUGUGUAGUUUUAAAUGAUCAGCUUUCUCUUUCUGAAACAGUAUUUUUAUUGGAUUCCAUUGCAGGUUGUUUAAAGAACUGAUAUGGGAAUAAGUACCAGCACCAUGACAAAUCACCCAAAUAUCUUAAUUGUCAAAAAUAUACAUCAAGGUAUACCAGCAUGGAUAUUUGACUGAAUAAAAGCAUCUACAAUUUAAAUUUAA